AUGUGGGACAAUUACAUUUGCGUGUCGAAUAUUAAACGCGGGCGUUCGGUCGACGUUAAGCUUAUCGAACUGGCCGGCACGGGCGCGAUAGUCGCGGGGCAUCGCUGCGAAUGCAUGUUCAGACACAUGUUCGCACCAAUCUGCCGAGCACGUGGCGCUGCGGCAACAGUGACGCCCCUGUCGCCGCGCAGUGUUGAAUGCUGCCUUUGUGCUUGUGCACAUGAUGCGCACAUGCGUCAACCGCCGCCGCUCCGGGCUUGUUGCGACCGAAAUCGGCGCGAAUCCGUAUCGAGCGCAAUUCCCGCGUUACCUGGCGUUGUGCGCUCGCGGGCGCACGUGCGCGCAGCUGCUGCGACGCACGUGUGGCGGCCAACAGAUUAUUCCGAUGGAUUUAUGCGCUUUUAUUACAGGCAUUGCGCACAUACUACAGUAUUUCGAGCUUUCGUUGUUUAUCAAGAUCUGCGGGGCAAUCUGCCGCACAGAUUUGCGACGAGCGCCCUCCUGGCCUACACGUGGCCCGGUAAGGGAACGCCGCCGAACACAUGGUGCGGCAACGACCCGCUUUAUGAAACGUUUUACAAC